AUGAGUUCUCCAAAGAGGCGCAUCGAGACCGAUGUACGUCAACAGCCAUGCACAGCGCGUCAAGAUAAGAGCAAGAGCUAAUAGGCCUUUUUCUUGCGGAUGCAGGUCAUGAAGUACGCUUCUUACAACUCUCAGCUAUGGACAGAGUACUAAUGAAGAUGUAGGAUGUACGUUUCAUGCCGACCGCGACUACCCGAAGGCUCAGCGACUGAUGCAUGGCAGGCUUAUGAGCGACUAUGAGGUCACACUGGUCAACGACAACAUGUUCGUUUCCUCUCGAAUACGGUCGACGCCACACCGCGAUACCACUGACACAGCGCAGGCAAGAGUUCUACGUCAGGUUCAAGGGGCCUGAGGACACACCCUUCCAUGGCGGACUCUGGAAAAUCCACGUCGAGCUACCCGACCAGUACCCUUACAAAAGCCCUAGCAUUGGCUUCGUGAACCGCAUCUUCCACCCAAACAUCGAUGAACUGUCCGGCUCAGUCUGUCUCGACGUCAUCAACCAGACGUGGUCGCCCAUGUACGAUAUGAUCAACAUCUUUGAGGUCUUCAUCCCCCAGCUGCUUGCAUACCCCAACCCCACCGAUCCUCUCAAUGGCGAAGCGGCCGCGCUCCUCAUGCGAGAACCGAAGAGUUACGAUGCGAAAGUCAAGGAAUAUGUUCAGAAGUACGCUUCCAAAGACAUUUCCGAAGACUCCGACAAGGAUGAUGACGACGAUGACGACAUGAGCUCAGUCGGCAGCUACGAAUCGGGCGACGACGAAGCAGCAGGCAACAUGGACGACAUCUAA